AUGACCAAGAAGCUCAAGAUUGCCGCCGCCGGACUCGGUCGCAUGGGCAAGCGACAUGCCCUCAACUUCCUCAAUCGGACGCCCCGCGCAGAACUCGUUGCUGCCUUUUCGCCGGACCAAGAGGAGCUCGCCUGGGGCAAGCUCAACCUCGAGCCCUAUGGCGUGACUCUGUACGACGACUACCAGAAGAUGUUGGAGCACCCCGGGCUCAAUGCCGUAGUAAUCGGCACUGCGACUUCUGUUCACGCCGAAGAGGCCAUCCAGGCGAUGCGCAAAGACCUGCACGUUCUGUGCGAGAAGCCCUUGUCCACCAACAUCAAUGUGUGUCGCGAUGUAGUCGCCGAGGCCAGGAAGAGACCGCACCUAAAAGUCAUGUGCGGCUUCUCUCGCCGAUUCGAUGCCUCGUAUCGAGACGCACACAGCAAGAUGGAGCGCGGACUCAUUGGACGACCAUCCAUCAUCCGCAGUCAGACUUGCGAUAAGCACGAUCCCUCGGGCUUCUUUGUCGAGUACGCUGCCUGGUCCGGCGGCGUCUUUGUCGACAUGUCGAUUCAUGACAUUGACUUGACGCUUUGGUUCUUCGGUGACCACAUCAUGCCCAAGUCGGUGUCGGCGUACGGGAUCCGCGCGGUUCAGCCUGACCUAGCCAAGCACAACGACUUUGAUAACGCGGUCGGCAUCGUCGAGUUUUGGGGCGGCAAGAUUGCAUACUACUACUGCUCUCGCAUGAUGGCGCACGGCCAGGAGGACACGACUGAGGUCAUCGGAACUGAGGGGAAGCUCUCCAUCAACGGCAAUCCACAGAUCAACCUCGUGAACCAUUUCCACGCUGGCGGCAUAACGCGCGAGGUGCCGCACGACUACUAUGGCCGCUUCGAGAUGGCAUUCGUGCAGGAGUCAAACGAAUUCACCGAGGCGUGCCUCGACAACAGGACCCUGCCUAUGAAGCUCAGCAACGCCGUCAGGGCCGUGGAGAUCGGAGCGGCGCUGCAGGAGGCUCUGGUUACCGGGAAGCAAAUCCGUUUCGAUGAGACCGGAAGACGUCUUGAGGGAUCCAAGUUAUAA